AUGUCAUCGGAUCGAGUUCGCAUCACUAUUUAUGAAUGCUUUAGUACCAUACAUCAUCGAGUAGUCAAAGAAACAGAAAUAACAAAAUCGAAAUCGAUAUUGAUUGAAACAUCUGCAAAGGUACUUGAAUUAAUCGUUGGGGUUAUAUUGAUUGUAUUAGAACUUUAUCUUUCAAUAAAAUAUAUGAUACAAUUAAAAAAAUAUAUUUUUGUCAAUGAAAAAUUAUUUAAGACCUUUAUUGAAACUUUAAUUCGUUUAUCAUCGUUGAUUACUAUUUUAAUAUUUUAUUUACUUCGUGUAAUUGUAUAUGUGAUAUUGAUGUUCUGUAAGGAUGAUGGAAAUUUACGACAAUCCUUGCAGAAGAUCGCAGAAUUUAUUCUAUGUCUUAUUGCAACUCCUUUAAAUUAUUAUAUAACAUUAUAUAAAAUAAAAGAAGAAGAACCAGUCAAAGAAGAAGGAGAACAGCGUCCAGAUAAAAUUGAAGUUUUACCUCUUUGUCAAUCAGGAGAUAUAACGGGACAAGAAAUAAGAGUAACACGGCAAGUAUUAAAACUUCGGCCAUAUAUACUCAGUUGCAUCGUCAAAUAUAUUGAUUUUGCAAUGAAUGGAAAUUUGAAGAAAUAUACAGAUCUUCAAAAUGAAGUUAAUGAUCGAAUUUGCAAACAACAAGUUUUAGCGAAAAUUAGUACACAUGAUUUAUCAUUUAUAUCAGGAAAUUUGGUUUAUGAUGCUCGUCAACCUGAAGAAAUAGGUCUUGUUCCACUUGAUGAAGGUUCAAAAAUAGUUUCAGCACGAAAUUUUUAUAAUGAUUUGUGUGAGAAAGCUGAACGUGAAAGAAGAUCAAAUAGAAAAAAUAAAUCUUCAAAUUAUCACAAACAUUUAACAUUAACAGUAGUACCAGAUCAACAAAAGUUUCCUUAUUUAUGUGAUCAAAAUCAUCGUGUUAUAUCACUUCCACCAUUAACUGAUGGUGAACCAUUUAAAUUAACUCCAUCAACCGAAUCUAUUUUAAUUCAAGCAACAUCUGAAUAUUCUAUUGAAUAUUGUCGUUGUGCGAUUGAUUUUCUUAUACAAAAAAUGCUUCAAAUUGGAUUAGGAAAGAAAUUACACGAUUCAAAAUUUCGACAUACAUUAACCUUACA